UGUCCAUGGAGAUAACAAUUGUAUAUAAAGAACACAUAUAAAGUCAUGUAAAUUCCAUAGAUUAAACUUCGGCAGUCGGAAUAUUAUCUUCGGAAAGCUCCGAAUGUUUCUCCUUUUGAUAGAUGCUAUUUUGGGCAUUUCCGAUGAAAAUGGCGACGAAAACAUUGCAAAAUUGACAUCUUUUUCGUAUUUGGUUGGAAGUACGCAGUUAAAAAGAAAUUUGCUUGAUGUGUCGAUGAGAAAUGGUUCUUACAUGUCAGCUGAAUGGAAAAGCUCUACAUUUUGGAAAGGCUUAUCCUACAGGAAGAGUCUGCUGCAGUUUAAUGGCUCAACAACCACCGGUCUUUUUAAAAAAUCGGUACGAUGGAUGUUCAUUCAAGUGCAAGAGACGCCUAACCCUAACAGUUUGAAGUUUUUACCAGGCGUUGAAGUUAUUUCAUCUGGCACAGUGAACUUUGAAGAUUCAAAGUCAGCAAUGAGUUCACCAUUAGCAAGACAACUGUUUGCAAUAGAAGGAGUUACCGGAGUCAUGUUUGGUCGUGACUUUAUUACCAUAACAAAGUCAAGCGAUGAUGGUGUGAACUGGGCACCAAUAAAGCCCAACAUUUAUGCGACAGUGAUGGAUUUCUUUGCCAGUAAUCUUCCAAUAUUUACGGAUGAACAACCAAGUUCUGACACAGAAAUCCUCGAAGACGAUGACGAGACUGUCGCUAUGAUCAAGGAAUUAAUCGAAACAAGAAUAAGACCAACAUUACAAGAAGAUGGUGGUGAUAUAACAUACAAAGGGUUUGAAAAUGGUGUUGUUAAAUUGAAAAUGCAGGGCGCGUGUUCAACUUGUCCCAGUUCUAUUGUAACUUUGAAAAAUGGAAUUGAAAAUAUGCUUCAAUUCUAUGUUCCCGAAGUGGAAUCUGUUGAACAGGUUGAGGAUGAAGUGGACGCAAUCAACAAAAAAGAAUUUUCUAAAUUUGAAGAGACACUAGAAGGAACUUGAAAUUUCUGUUUGAAAAACUUCAAGAUGUCUAAAAUGUGUGUAUUAUAUUAUUCAGCUAAGAUAUUUGUAAUGGGAAAAAUUGUAACUAAUUUAGAACAGAUUGUGUUGUCCUUUUCUUUCUAAAUGUGAAUAUGAUUUUGGCAAAUUUUUCCGAUAUUCAGCAAAUCUACAAGUUGAUUUGGUUUUUCUGGUUCUUCUGGAGAACAGUCGGAAACAAUGUCCCCUAUCGUUCUUCGCAUUCCUGUCUUCUGUACUUAACCCAAUAUAAUUUACCAACAUGACAUUGGUGCUAUCAAACUGCAGGCUCAUAUUGUUUAUUUUCUUCAUCGUUAAAAAAGUGCACUUAUUUAUCUUAAAAUUAUGAUUUUUCGUUCUUGUGUUGCUUUUGAAAGGCGGAAACGAACGUGCAACAGAGAAUGUUUUACUUUUUAUAACAAA